CGCACAUUGCAGAGUUAUCCACCUUAGGCUGCGCACCAAUCGUCAUGGCUACAAUACUGCGGCGUCGCCUCCCAUUGCGCGCCCUCCCUCUUCACAACAACAGCUGUCCUCGCAGUGCACAUGCUACUAUGACGUCUCGCGCGUUAGCAGCAUUCUCGACACACUCCGCUCGUUGCAACAGGGAGACGACCUCCAAAGACACCCACAGUAAGGAGGAAGAACCGAAGCACUGGAAGUACGAUUUCAGCUUCAAGACUCAGAUGAGCAAGACGGCAUUCAUCGCUGUCCUGGCCUUGGGGGGAUCGCUGGGGGGCUGGUCUUGGUAUCGAGAUCUUAGGGGUUGGUGGACGGGUAUUCCUGAUGAAGGCGAGGUUUAGGCAUCAGGGGGUCACUCGUGCUCUUUUUGCCAUGAUCGCGUGGACGGGAGACUACGGCGGGGAUCAAAUUCCAUUGACUCAUUUCAUGCUAGAAGUAAAUUCAGUAAGCUGAGACGUCAGCCGACCCGACGGUGCGCGUGGUCUCACCUGUCGGCCACGUACACCAAUGGCGGGUGGAGAUGCUGUACUUGUGGCCAUCCUUGACCAUCCAGCAGCAGCCCCAGCCGGGCUGACUGUCGCUCGCGGAAUGGUAGUUAUAGGGCCGCACUUUGACAAAGGGAGACUCGGCGGAUUUGUUGUUGAUAUAGGUGUUGGUCUGGACCCAGUCACACGGGGGAUAAAAAUCCCCUUUAGCGAUCUCGACUUCCUCAAUGUGGAGAUCGUUGGUACCGUAUCGCGGCGUGACGGCGCG